AUUAGCCAUUUUAGUCGUUCACUUUCCUCGCAAGCCGACGCGUCAAUGGGCGAGCGUAAACAAUUUAACGGGAUAUUUGCAAAUUGAAUUUUUACAAACCGCGAAACGUAAACUUUUUUUUCGAGAAAUCAGUGAAGAAACUGGCAAAAUUUUGGAAACUAGUGUGUGUGCUGCAAUUCGCAAUUAAAGUGGAAAUUUUAAGAAAUCUCUAACUUUUAAAAUGUGCUGAUUUAUUAAAAAACAAAAAACAACAAAAAAAUAUUAUUUAAUAUUAUUUAAGUGUUUUGCAAUAACAGUUCGUGUUAAGUGUGCAAAUUAUAAAAAAAAAACAAAUAUUGUCUGAGUGUAAAUAAAAAAUGGACUGCGUUUUAAACUAACCUGAAAAUUGUGCUAAAAAAGAGGUUGUGGAUGAGAGGUCAAUGAUAUGUGUACAACAGACCGACAAAAAAUAACUACCAAAUAUAAGUGAUAGAAAAGGAAAGUGAGUUUUAAACAAAACACACAUGGUUAGAAGUGUAAUCGGUGGAGAAAUAUUGAAAAACAUAUAAGGAGGCAAAAACUGGCGAUUUUAGUUGCCGCUGAUAUUAAAAAAAGCAAAAACAAUUUACAAUUUCCUAUGGUAAACAAAAUUAGAAACGGAAAUCGUAAAGAUUGAAUAGCCAAACAAGCCAAUGAAAGCAAUGAAAAAUCAUUAGAAAGCAACAACUACAAUCAAUUAAUAGCAAAUAACAUUAGCAACGGAUAUAUUAGUAAUAAACAAAUAAGUGGUAACAAUAACAACAUUCCGCUAUAUAAUAUACCGGUGAUCUAAUUGGCAAUAAUAACGCCGAUAUAUACAACAAACACAUAGCAGAAACAAUAGCACCAACAACAACAUGAUGGACGUCACAACAGCGACUGUAAAACACAGUAAUAACAUGAACAGUGCUGCCAAUGGCAACGGUGAAAUGUUGCAACAGCGCGAUGAGGUCGACUUUAUUGCUGUGGCUGCACAUAAUAACAAUAACAACAACAACAAUAUUUUCGACAACAAAGUCAUGAGCAAUGGUAAUGCAGCAAACGGAUUGAAUUCGAAUUCGAAUGCAACUUCGACAAUUUUCACGAACUCGAAACUCUCAACAAAUGAACAUUUACAAUAUCAACAACAACAGCAAAAUAAAGAAACAACGAAGAGUAAAAAGAAAGUAGUCACAAAUGAAGAACCAAAGAAAAAGAGUUCCACAAAAGAGCGUCUCUCCCUGUUCUCCACACUCGGACGACGCAUCAGUCAGAAGACCUUGAAACAGAAAGACUCCAAUGGAAAUGAAAACGAAAAGCCUACAGCUACGGCGAGUCCGUCCACAGCAGUAACAAAUACAACAGCAAAACAGGCUGCCAACGCCAACAACACUCCGGUCCGCCCACGUACAUUUGUUAAGAGUUCAUCAAUCGCACGCCUUUUAGGUAAUACCUAUCAGCAGCACACGAAGAAGCUGGAAAAACACCAGUCGAGUGGGGAUAAAGGCAAAACACCAUUAGAUGGCAAAUUUCAUACAUAUGGUGGCAGACGGCGCAACAACGGUCCCUAUUUGGAUCGUUCCAAACGUUACUCAAAAGAUGAUGGUGAUAUUAGCUCGAGCAACAACAAUAACGAAGAAGAUACAGCUCAAACAAUGGACUUCACCGAUGUGCUGGAGUUGGAAGCGGAUACGGCCGAUGAACUGCAAAGUGCUUCGAGCGGUCUGGAACGCUUUUGUGAUCACAGUACUGUGGCGGCUGGUGAUGACGAGGCAGCCGCUGAAUUGGGCAGCAAAACCAUGCGUACCCUGUCGCGCAGCCUCGGCCGUUUGUGGGGCAAACGUUUGCAUAGUGUGGACAUAAGCACACCGGAUCCCGAAUAUAAGGUAUCAUAUUUGGGCAACGUGCUAACCGGUUGGGCCAAAGGUGAGGGUUGCGUUGAGAAGCAACUGAACACACUCUGGCGCAACUACACACAAAAUAAUAAGCCCGACAUGAUCAUGCGCAUCAAGGUAUGCGCGAGUGGACUGAAAGCCACAACACGUCAACACGGACUCACCGAGUACUGGGCCAAUCGUAUCACACACUGUUGUGCACCAAAGAACUAUCCACGCAUCUUUUGUUGGGUUUACCGACAUGAGGGACGUAAACUCAAACAUGAGCUACGCUGCCAUGCGGUACUCUGCAGCAAGGAGAAGGUGGUACAGGAUAUUUGCAAUACAUUGAAGGAAAAUCUGGAACGUGCACUGCGUGAAUUUAAACGAGAAAAAAUUCUGAAGCAGAACGCUCGUCUCAGCCUGGCCAAUGCAGCGUACGAAAAUCCCAGUUUGCCGCGACGUAAAAUAUUACUUAGCGUUGGUGGUAACAACUACCGACCACCGCUGGAGCGAUCCAAGUCCGCUCCGAAGCUAAUGGCUAUCGAAGAGGCAAUCGGCGAAGAAGAAGGUGAGGAUGCGGAGGAUACCAAUGAACCAGAAAUGAAACCAUGUUGCCAAAAAGAUUCACUAUACCCCGCGAUGACUUUGGGCCGCAGACGCUGUCGACGUGGACACUCAAUAAGACGCACAGGCAAAGCACGUCCGCUAUGUGGCGUUUCCUUUGAUGAAUCACAAAAGCUAAAGCAUAUGUUGGCUGGAGAUAUGGAGCUUAGCUCAUGCUGUCAUGAUAAGCACAUAACCAAAGAGUGCGCCAGCCAACAGAACGCUACUGCGCCAAACUCAGAGCUAACGGAAGAACAGCGUAAUAGCUACGGUUCCGAUGACUCGGAUGACUUUGAGAAGUUGCUGAAAUACAAUGACUACGAUGCAAAUGCAUCCCUAGCAACAGAACUUUUGCCCUACUUCGACAUGCAAUUGCACAAGAACACCAGCAGCAGUCUCAGCGAUUUGUGCACACUAAAAGAUGACGAGGAGCCGCUCAGCCUGUUGCCAACCAUAAAUAGUGACCCAAUGGCACAUCCCGAGGGUGAUCUACUACCCAGCGAUUGUACUCAACAGGUGAACGGCGAGGGGGAAGAGGAUGAAACACAUGUGGGCCUACGACGCGAUGGUGUUUGCAGUGAUGGUGAGGAGGAUUAUCUGGACGCCGAUGAUAUGUAUUUUCGACAGGCGACAAUCUUAAAUAUUUUACAUCGCAAUUCCAUGCGCAAAAUGGCACAAAUUUCACUGAGCAGCGACGAGGGUAGCAGCUUAGAAACGAAUGCCUCGGCGCCCCUACAAUACCGUCACCAAGCGCAGUCUUCCAUAUCGUCCAACGCUUCCUCGAACGCCACAACCAGCAGCUUGCUGCAGGAAGGACACAACGACUCCACAACCGGUAAACGACACAGCGGUGCCGAUAGCGAUGAGGGCUCUAUAUCGAGCGGCUGCGAGACGGCCAGUACUGUGACGGCUAACCAAGAUGAUCUGUCAUUGCAAUACCGCCACGACAAACAGUUGUUACAACUACAGCAGCAACAACAAGCAACUUUAAUGGACGGCGACGACGCACACUUUUUCAACAUGUCCAGUGAGGCGCAAUCGCCCGUCACCGCCGAUGAAAUCUACCAAAGACUCGAAGCGCGUCUGCAGCGCCGUCAAAACAGUGACGCCACCACAUUCAGCAGUUCGAGCACAAUUACACUGAAGAUGAACACAGGCAGUGACGGCUCUUUGCCCCACGCGCUGAACGAUCCCAGCGCACAAACGAACACAAUUGAGCAGCAAGCGAACGGUUUAGCGAAUAGCACAACGCGUAUACGUCGUCAACGGCAACGCCAAUUGGUGGCAGCUGCACCACCGCCUCCGGAUUGCAACGUCGACGACACAGACUCAGAGUGUAGCGAUGAAUCCGGCUACGUGGAGUAUCAAGAGCGCGAAAAAACGGUGCGUGAGAAGAUCGGCGACGUAGAGCGUCGUCAGUUGCAACAGCUACACGAGCAAAAGCAGCAACCUGUUGCACAGCAACGCCAACAUAAGCCCCAAUUACCGCCCAAGCCAUUGCCGCGUCGGACGCUCAGUGGCGCCAGCGUAACUGUGUCCCUGGCGGGCGCCCAACAUAAAAGUAACAGCACCUCAGUGUGAACGCUGGACCAGCGCAAAGGGCUGGUUGAAAUAUCGCAGCAUUGAUUUCACUUGUGAGUGCUUGAAAUUUUGAGUUCGCAGUCAAGUAAAUGCGCCGUGUUGCAGCGCAUUUAGCAUUCGUAAGCAAGUUUCAAACAUUUCACUGCUAAGUGGGAAUACGCAUGAUUGGGAAUUUAUGUGUUUAAAAUUCGAAAAUUUUCCGAAAAAUUCGAUAAAACCAAAAUUUGCGGUGCGAUUCGAAUUACCUCUACUUUUUUUAUGGAAAAUUCUUUAACAAUAAAUAAUUAAAUUGUUUAAAAAAAAACUUCCAAAACAAAAAUGUCCAGCCUUUUGGCAUCUAAAUAGAAUAAAAUUUAGGAAUUUUAGAUUUAAAUUUUUUUCGGGCAUUACAAUUAUUAUAUGCGCUUAGUUAUUUAUCGAAGAAUUGUUUGUGUGAAUAUGUGAGAAAAAAAUAUUAAAAAACAAAACACAUGUUUGAGGUGACCAAACAGGGAAUAAAAUAAAAAAAAUUAUAA